GUCCGCAAUUUUUUUUUUCCUUUUUCUCUUUUUCUUCCCUUUUUUUUUUUUUUUUUUUUCUUAUUAUGCCUAUUCCUAUACCACUUCACAAUGAUUUUUAUUCAUUAUUAAACCAUUCUCCAAGAGAUAAAAUAUUUCAUUCUAUAUUACAACAACAAAACCUUAAUACUAUUAAACGUUUUCCUGAUUCUAUCUAUCAUGCUUACAAAUCUCUUGGUCUUUCUUUUUGUUUUGUAUCUAAAUCUAAACCCAUUCAACAAUGUGACGAUUAUGAUGAUAACUUGAUUCUUGAUGCUAUUGAUAUAUACAACGGUGUGACUAAGGAUGGAUAUCAACCUUAUUCUUUGAAAUUGGAUUUACCCUAUAUUGAUAGUUCUAUGGUAGCUCAUGAUAUCGUUUCUUUACUUGGUGAACCUGAUCGUAAAGGUGGUGGUGGCCAAACGCGUCUUCCCUGUUGGAUUGAAUAUAAAUUUGAGAAAAAUUCUGGUGGUAUGAUGAUACAACUUCAUGGUCUGGACUGGGAUGAUAGUAAAAUGGGUUGGACAAGUAUUGUGCUUUAUAGAUAACUCAUAUAUUUCAAAAAUGGCUCCAUUUGGUUCAACUAUUCCUUUUUUUUUUUUUUUUGAUUGGCUGACUUACCCAAAUUGAUCUUCUUUUGUUCUUCCACUGUCACAAAAAUUGGUAACAUACCGAAAAAAAAAAAAUUUUUUUCAGCUCCCCUGUU